CUCGUCCUCUCAGGCGGUGUACUUUGAAUUUUGACAGACUCUGCAUGUAGAGAUACUGUAUGUGCUACGUAUGUUGUCCUUGACCAGAAGGCGAAUCCAAAAUGCGAUUCGUAAGCUCGAGCCUUAGUAAGUAUGACAAGUAAACUAUCAAUGAAGACGAUUAGGAAUCCCUUUUGGUUCACCGUAAACACACAUCACCCAAGCCAGGGGAGAGAAUUCCGUAUCAGGAGAUAAUGGAGAUUGCCUGGCAGUCCCCCCUUCCACUCGGAAAUCUAUUAUCGCCAUUCACAAGAUGUCUUCUCAACGCGCUCUCUGGCUUCCUGAAGAAAAAGGAAAAUAUACCUUAGUUAUGAAGGAAAUACAGGAGCCAGGUCCUGGCGAGGUACUCGUCAAAAUUCUUGCCACCACCCUCAACCCUCUCGAUUGGAAAAUCCAAGCUUAUGGGUUCUUCAUGGUGAAAAACUAUCCCUCCAUUCAGGGCCAUGAAGCCGCUGGAGUGAUCGCAAAGCUUGGCGAAGGCGUAACUAAUGUUGCCAAAGGAGAUAAAGUGUUAUUCCAAGGCUUCAUGACGAAUAGGCAAGCGACGUUUCAAGAAUAUACCAUCGCAUCCGCAGAACAAGUAGCAUUAGUGCCAGAUAACGUCUCACUCGACCAGGCAGCUUCGAUCCCUCUCGCUUUAGGGACAGCUGGCAAUGCUCUGUAUACACCCAAGCCAACUGGUUUCGGUCUCGUUCCGGUAUGGGAGGAGGGAGGAAAGGGGAGAUAUAGCGGCCAGGCUAUAAUCAUCAUGGCAGGGGCGUCUGCAGUGGGGCAAUUAGCUAUUCAGCUCGCAAAACUGUCAGGAUUUAGUCCCAUCAUUACCACUGCUUCCCCGCACAACACCACAUUACUGAAAUCCAUUGGCGCUUCGCAUGUAAUCGACCGCCAUCUCCCCUCCCUGUCACUUGCCCAGGAGGUGGCAAAGAUCACGUCUAGCCCUGUGUCAUUCGUUAUAGACGCAGUGUCGUUGGAAGAUACACAACAGGCGGGGUACAAUCUUUUGGCCCCCGGCGGAGAAAUGGCGGUCGUGCUCCCACCCACUGCCAAAGCUGUAGCGGGAGAUAAUAAGAGACUGUUCAUGACAUAUGGAACAUUCCUCACUCCUGAAAAACGAGAGUCUGGGGCACGUCUUUACAGUCAGUUGACACGGAUGUUGGCAGAGGGUGAUUUAGUACCUAUUCCCAUCGAAGUGCUUCCGAACGGAUUCAAUGGAAUUUCUUCUGGUCUAGACAGGCUGCAGCACAAUCUCGUUAGCGGGAAGAAAUUGAUUGUUCGCCCGGAGGAGACACCAUAGAUUUGAAUAGCUUAAAAUAUUAUCCAUGCAUAUGCUGUUGUGAUUAGUGUAACGAUAGGAACGUUUUUGAGAUUCGCAUGAAAGAUAGAAAUAUGGGACCUUGUUCCAGAAGCAUGUAUAAACCCCU